AUGCAAAGGGACAAAGUCUGCUACGACAGUUUUGUCUACAUCCGGAAGAACGCGCUGACCAAGGCCUGGGGCACGCCUUGGGGCUGCAAGGAGGCGUUUGUGAAAACCCAAAUCGCACCCUAUUAUAGCAUCAAGAGGCAGGUUCCGUCGAUCCAGACGAUAGAGGACAGUGCUACGGUCUCUGCCGCCUGCAAGUACCCUCUCCUCAGUCCGGAUCAGAAGUUUGAGGUCAAGUGUAUAAUGAACAGGUACGGUGGUUAUGAGUGGAGAGAAAAUGAACGAUCGGGCUGCUACAUGAAAGGCUUCGAAGCCGUCGAUGAGGAAGCCUUUAUGAAGACCAUCACACAACUUGAAGGUCCAGUGAAGUGUUCAGUGCUCUACUUGAUGGUUUUCGGAGGACUGAAGAGCCUGAUAAUGGAGGUAAAGGACACCCACCGCUUCAUCAUUCAAUCACACUGGACGUUGGAUAUUUGGUCGAAACACUGCCUCCAAAUGGAUCCCAUUUUCAAUCAACUCUUCUUGACCGGUUUCCUCAGGCUAGCUGAACUCACAUUGAAUGCGGUUGUUAAAAAGGCCCACACGGAUGUUGUCAGUGGCACAAAGUUCUACAAACUCAUAUACAAACUGACUGAAAUCAUCAAUGCCCACGUAGUCAACAAAACUGCGGCUGCGUUCUACUCUCUCUCCACCAACCUGAUCUCUGUCUACCGUUAUCCUCGCCGCAUGGCUCCCACCGCAAAUAGCGUAGAUAAAACCUCCUUCUAUGUGGAAGAAAUGAGGAACCCUGUACCGCUAGAUGUGACUUGUUAUGCGAUAGCAAAACACCAGGCCUACGUUCAAAUCAUCAGUCUCCGUCCUAUUUCCCACCUCUGUUAUGUCGGCAGCUUUGGUCUGACCUCUAUGUCAGACUUUAGAAAGGAUUUCGUCAUAAAGCUGAUUUACCGGGUUGCCGAGAACAAGUUAGGGCGGAAUCUGGAGUGCUCUUCUGUCAUAAUGGGUGAUAGGAAUGAAAUUGAGUACAACAGACAGGCCUGCGAGACGGCAGUGAUUGAGAAAGAAGUCCACUGUCAGUGCAGGGACCAUGGAUUCGUUUUCGUCACACAGGUGACUGAAACCUCGGACAACCUUAAAACGAGCGUACCGGCAAACAUUCGUUUCAAUCCGAUUCUCCUGCUCAUAUUCAUUUUUAAUCGCAUCCUUGCUCUGGCGGGAGUCAUCGGACUGAUCAUUAUUGCAGUCUGCAUGCCCCUGGACCCGGUCUACUUCAUAAUCAUCGUCAAGAUAGUGGUGGUCUUGGUUAACGUCUCCAUCUUCACCCACUACGCACGCAUGCGAAUUCACCGCUACCUUGACGAGUGGAUUGGUUGCAUGAUCUACACUCUGGCUGACAUUAUGGACGUUAUUUUUGGUGUCAUCAUGAUGACAAACUAUCGAGCUGACACGAGCCAGGUGCAAGCUACCUUCUUCCUUCGGCACAUGGUCAACCGCUCUGUCAUGACCCUAGUCUCAACAAUAUACCAGGUCUUUUUCAAGAUUUCUCUGAUGAAGUUCUACUACCGUAUCUACCUCAUCAUCGUUCGACAUGCCAACUUGAGGGAUAUUGUUGGAUACGAGAACCGUUAUCGCAUCUUUCAAAUAAUAAACACCUUCUCUGAGUUCGACGGAACCAAGCAGGCCUUACCGACCCUCUCAUCCACUACGAGAUUAACAGGCGCAACUGAAAUGAGCUCGUCGUCAGGGCCUUCAGGAUCCACUGGAAGCAGCUACGACGGCUCGUCUGGGUAA